AUGGCGUCGAAAAAGAAGCGGGGAGGCGACGCCGAUGCACCAGGCACUAAAAGCGGCAAGGCGCCUUCGAAGCCCUCCCCCGAGGAACUGGAAAUUCCGAUGAAGAAGCAACUCUUGCAAGAGCUAAAAACACUGAAGGCAGAAUGUGAAGAUGAGGAAAGACUCUUUCAUGAGAUUUCGUCAGAAAAAGAUCAACUGAGCCACCUCUGGGUCAUGGAACAGAGUGCCGCUGAGGAAAGACACGAUACUUUACGGAAGAAGAAAGACGAAAUCCUUGAUGAAGUCGAAUCGUUCGGGAUGGAGUUGAAGUUGUGCAAGCUGCGCAUCAAGCAGCUCCUGGCAGAACAGAGCGAGGAAGCGACACAGUUGAGGAUUGACGCCGAGGCCGCUCUGAAGCUUCGUGAAGACGUUCACAGAAGCCGGGAGGAUGCGCUGUGGUACCAGAAGCAGGACCAGCUGUCGAUGACAAGGGAAAUGCAAACCGCCCAUGUUGAGUUUCUCCACGAGCUGAAACUACGACAGGACGAGAAGAUUCUUGAACUCCGUCGGGAAUUUGAAAGGCAUGCGCGCGAAUUGCAUCUCAAGUGGAAACUCCGAACCGACAAUCUGAAAGACGAGAUGCAGAAGCAGCGGCAAUUCCUGAUUGCAAAGAUUGAAGCGGAAAAGAAAAACCAUUUAUUCAUGGUGCAGUCCCAAAACACCAAAACCUCUCAGGCGAUAAAACGUUACUACGGAGAUAUCACGUCGUCCAACCUUGAGCUCAUCAAGCGUCUCAAGAAAGAACAUGCGGACCUUAAACAAGCGGAGACACGAGAGGGGAAACGCAUGGCCGAUUUAAUUGCGAAGAAUCGGGGUCUUGUGGAGCCACUGAGAAAAAUGACACAAGAAACGGAAAAGCUGCAGAACGAACUUCGGCUGUACGAGAUUGACAAAGCCAAACUUGCAGAAUCAAAACAAAAAUUGACCGAACAAGCAGCAAUUCUUGCUAGGCUGGAACAGCAAGCGGAAAUCCUGGAGCAGCAAUCCGAGAUGCUGAAGAAGACAAAAACCGAGUUUCAGCAGCGGUACCAGAGAGCCGUUUACGGUCUGCAACAGAAGGCCUGCCUGAAGACUAUGGUCCUCGAAAGAAAGCUGAAGGCUCUGGAGGAAGCCGAGGAAGUCGCCCAGGCUCAGGUCGAAGAGCUCAGGCACCGACAACAAAUUGAGACCUGUGAUUUAAUCCCUCUGUCCAAAGGAGCAGAAAGACUACUUAAAGCCAAAGACGAGCUGGCCGACGAACUAAGGGAUGAUAUUAAAACCUUAAAGGAUCUUCACGACAUGGCCGUCCAACAGUAUGCGAGUUGCAUGGCCUCCAGCGGGGUCCCUGUUGAGGAUCUGCAGUUCGUGCCACUUACGUACUCAUGA